CAAAGCUAUAUAAUCCCCAAUUCAUCAUCAUCUAUGAAUACUCAAAAUAAUAAUCAAUUUCACUUUCUUCAAAUCUUAACUUGUUCCCCAAUUCAUCUUAAUCAAUCAAUCACCAUGGGAGGAGGAACAGAGGCUUUUCCAGAUUUAGGCAAACACUGCCAGCUUUCCGAUUGUAAACAACUCGAUUUCCUCCCUUUCAAAUGCGACGGUUGUCACAAGGUUUUCUGCGUAGAACACCGAUCGUACAAAUCUCACGACUGUACAAACUCAGAUCACAACAGCAGAAAAGUUUUAGUAUGCGAGACAUGCUCCAUGUCAAUAGAGAUUCCACGUAACAGCAAAGGAGGAGAAGCUGAGAUGAAUUUGCUUCUCAAACAGCAUCAGAAAUCUAACGAUUGUGAUCCGAAGAAGAAGAAGAAACCUACGUGUGGUGCUAGGCGGUGUAAGGAGAUUCUUACGUUUUCGAAUACGAGUUCCUGCAAGUCUUGCCAUAUUAAGUUCUGUUUGAAGCACCGGUUUCAGUCGGAUCAUGCCUGUAAUGGUAACCGUAUGCCGGCUAUGGCUGCGGUUGCCCGAGCCGGUGGUGGUGUGAGGCCUUUUUUGGUUGCUUUGGCCUCAAGAAACGGUCAGGAUUGUACAAAAAAGAAUAAUGGUUCUGUGUUGGCUUCUAAGGCUUCUACGUCUGUUAAAGCUUAUUGAGAUUGUUUUGAUUGUUAUAUCACGCUUGCUUUCUCAACAUUGUUGUCAUUCUUUUCUAAUUUAUUUGAAUGAAUGAAUAAUGAUUGAUAUAUGAUUAUAUUAUAAUAUAAUUAUUUUAACA